CAAAGCUCCCCAAGAGUAACCAAUGUAAUCAACAUGGCGGACCUUCCGAAACCACCGAAUCAACCGUCCGAGGCCGAACUCAAUGACUUCUUGUCGAAAGUUGAUGAAAUAGAAUCAGUUAUAAAAGGUUUGAACUCUGAGGAUGAUGAAAAACGACAAUUGUCUUCGAAGAAAGCUGAUAAUAUAAUUCAUAAACUUGAAAUUGAGAAGAAAAAAGUCACUGAUGAGAAAGCUGAAGUUACAGAAGAUGCAGAUCUACCACAGACAAGGACAGGGUUCAGUAGGACGAGCAUUAAUAAGGAGGCUUUCAAAAACGAACCACCUCCUUCCCAGACUGUUGGCCAAGUGGUGAAUGAGCAACCCAUGGAUCAAACGGCAUUUAUGGCUGCCAUGGAGACAGAUGCAAAGGAAAGGGCAGCAGAUAAGAAGAAAAGACAGAAGAUUGCAGAUGGAUUUAAAGAGCAAGGGAAUGUGGAAUUCAGACAAGGGAAUUUUGAAAAAGCCCUGGAAUUCUAUGAUAAGGCUAUGGAGCAGAUAAGGGACAAUUUGGCCAUCUACACAAACAGAGCCCAAGCCAGGAUCAAACUGGAGAUGUUCACGGAAGCUCUCACUGACUGCCACUGGGCUCUGCGGCUGACUCCGGGCUGUAUGAAAGCUUAUGUUCAACAAGGACACGCCUACCUAGGGAUGAACGAGUAUGAAAAGGCCAGAGAGAGCUACAGAGAGAUCCUUAAAAUUGACAACAAAAAGGAGAACAUCGUCAAAGAGUACCUAGCCGAAGUGGACCGCGUGGAACAGGCGAGCCAGGCGGAGGUCAAGGCCACAGAGCUGUUCGAGUCUGGCCAGGAAGUGGCAAAAGGUGUGGUGGACGUCCUGGGAAAGGUGGUCAAAGCUGACCAGCUCCCUCUCUACUACUCUGGUGGCUUCCGGGUCCUGACAUCACUUCUGGACAGUGGUGUCUGUCGUCCUCUCCGACCAGUCUGUCCAGGGAAGAGCGAGACCUGGUCUCUGCUGCUCUGGAUAUGCUGACCUCUGCCUGCAAAGACAAUGAGACGAGCCAGCAAAAGCUCAUGCAACUUCCAGGCUUCCCUGAACAGAUGAUCGUGAUCCUCGAGGCCAAGUUCAAAGGUCAGGGUCGACUGCUACGCACAAGCUGCCUCAACCUCCUGCAUGAGACCUCGCUCACAGAUGCAGGUCGGGGGGUCAUCGUGGCAAAGUACGACAUCCACAGACUUAUAUCAGCAUUACUCCCCCUGAUGGUGAAACCUUCCAGCUACACAGACACAGCAGCGGCCGUGUUGAACAACAUCGCUCUGGAAAAGAAGGUGAAGACUCUAUUACGUGACAACAUUGAAGUGAAGAUCCUGCCUGAAUUUGAAAAUUUGUUGAGCAGCAAUAAGACAAGCGCACAGAUAGCUGGGCUCGCUGCUUCCAGCGCCACCAACUUGGCAGGAGAUCCCAUCGUAAGGAACAAGAUGGCCGCCCAACCGAUUCUGUGGGAGACUUCAGCGAGACUGAUGCAAAGUUUUUCGGAGGGAAAACUUUCUUCUCCCCUGGAGUCGGUCAGCGGCCUCUUGGUCAACAUCAGCACGGGUGUGGCGUCGGCUCAGCUCUCCGAUGUGUCUCCUGACGUUUCGUCAGCCUGCUAUGCCGUCAUGACGUCAGAAAGUGCCUCUGAUGUGGCAGUGUCAAGGUCACUGGCGGUCCUGAGCAAUAUCUUGCCGCACAAUUCAGCCGCUGUGGGUUUCAUGAGUGAAGGAGAGAGGGUGGUUACGAUUCUCAACCUUUUGAAGUGUGGUGACUCAGUCAAGGAGAAAUCUGCCCUCAAAUGUCUGACGGCUCUCACUAGAGACAGUGGUAGUGUACGUCAGGUGGUGGCUGAUAACAAAGGGACUUCCUUGCUACUGAACUUGCUGAACAGUGAAGACGAGAACACCCUAGGAAAUUGUGCUCUGUGUCUGUCUCACAUCUGUGCUGUGGAUAAGGUGUGCUCCAAACUGACCAAGACAAACAUCAUCCAGCGUCUGCUUGUUCUGGCGCGGGACGGUCGCAAGCCGAACGUUCAGUCAAACUGUGCCAUUCUCAUCGGGAAACUGGCUCAAGGGGAUGCCAGACAUCUAGAGCGCCUGCGAGAGCUACACGGGAUUGAGAUUCUCCACUCUUGUAUGAAACACGUCAAGUGAUGGACGAACGAAAGCUUGUCUUGCUGUGCUGAGGGACUUAGAUUUCUUCAUUCGUUUUUUUGGGGGGGGGGGUUUUUUUAGUUUAAGCAGAGGUUUUACAGCGCUCGCUACUGCAUAAGGUCAUAUGAGCAGCAAGGGUGGAUAGGCAGGUGAAAAUGAUACAGAUAUGGUCCUAGUCCUAGUUGUGUUUUUUUUUGGGGGGGGGGUUCAUGCUUUUGUGUGUGUGUGGGGGGGGGGGGGGGGGGUAUAAAUUACGUAUUGUUUGCUGCUUGUUGAAAGUGUAACCAGUUGAGAAUAAAAUUGUUCAAUAAAAUAAUUGUUAAAUAAAACUGUAA